AUGCAGGACGAGGCGGUACGGGCGGCGCUGGAGAGCGGCGUGUGGCGCGAGAAGAAGGACCCGAAAUCCGGCAAGACGUACUACGUCAAUGUUCAGACACGUGUCUCUGUUUGGAACCUUGCGAAGGAGCUUGCCAGGUUGCAGCAACAGCAGAAAUCCACGGAGGAGAUGGAGUUGAGGAAGCAGAAGAAACUGCAGAGCCUAGCCGAAGAGCGGCAGGCGCAGGCGAAAAAGUGGCAGGAGGAGGAGGAGACGCUGAUGCAACGCAUGGCUGAGCUGGAGCGGGAGAAGGCAAGGCUCGAGAGCGAGAUCACAAUCCUGCAGGGGCCGACAGAGGUGGAAGCAGCGUCUUUGCAGGAGGAGCAAAGCCGGCUACUUGAUGCGAAGCAGAGCCUUGAGUUGAUUGUAUCGGAAGAACUGCGAAAGCGGAGGGAAAGUGCGGCGGAGUUGCAGCAGCUUCAGGCCCGUCUGGAGGCAUUGCGACAGGAGCGACAGGAGGAGCUGGGAAUGUUUGAGUCGCUGAGGAAACGCCUGGAGCAGCUUCGUCAGGAACAUGCAGAGGCACUGGGGGAUUUGCAGCGCGAGGAGGCGGUUGAGGAGUCGUUGCGGGAGGAACUUCAGCGUGAGGAGCGUCAAUUAGAGGACGCCUUGCAUGAGGAAGUGCGUCUCAAGGAGCUCCUGAAGAUGCGGGAGGAUGAAGUAGACCACAUGAAGGCGGAGUUAAAGGCUGUUUGCCAGCGUAAAGCGGAGCUGCAGCAGCAACACCAGCGACUUGUGGAGGAAGUGGCCGAGAGUGCGAUGGGUGCAGCUGAAGACACGCUGCAGGAGCCACCGUCAUCGUCAUCUCUGCUGCUUUCGCACCUGCAGCGUGAGGUGGCGAACCGAAAGAAGAGCCUGCGGCAUUUAAUGCAGCAGCAACGGCUUGCGAAGGAGGCGGAGUGGAUGGAGGCGGAGAGCGCCGAGUUGAGACGCUUUACGGCCCUGGCAGAGCGCGAGGCCCAACGACUAGCGCAGUUUUCACGGGAGUUGAGCGAUCAAGUGCGGGCGGUAACACCGUUGUUGGAGGCAGUCAAACAUGACGUGCAGCAGCUGGAGGAGGAAAUGGAGGAGUUGAGAUAG